AUGGUGCCACAUCACGAACCCUUUCAAGGUCUCGCACCUGUCAAAUGGGACGCCGUCGACCAAGAGGACCCCCAAGAGUUCAUGAAAUGCGUCCUCGCCGACGCUCAAACGAUUGUCGACUCCAUCCCCGUCCCCGCAUCCGUCAAACAGGCAGUCGCCUCCCAAGGCCGCGCCCGCUCGCAGACCGACCCCCCGCUACCCGUCGCCGACAUCAACCGCUCCCUCUCUCAGCGCCAGACGGGCGCUUCUCUGCGCCUGUCGCAGGACCUGUCCAAGGAGUGGAAGGAGGUCAAGGUCAACGCGAGAGACAACCCGCUCGCCAUCAACGUCUAUAAGCUUGCCUCCAAGGACGGCAAGGGCAGCUGGUUCGCCCGCCGCAGCGUCCACGAUGGCCUGACUUUUGAGAAGUGGAAGCUGGGCCUCGAGAGGGAGUUUGCCGAGUCCAUGAAAGUGCAAAGCGGCCCCGGCGCCGGUGCCAUCCGCGGCAUCGGCGCAGAGAAAUGCGUCGUGCACCAGGUCGUUCAAGGAUCUGGAAAGAUGGAAGUCUUCCAAUUAUCGGCGCAAUUCCCGGGCCCGACGGCUCCGAGAGACUUUGUCACCCUGCUACUGACUUCCGAGUUUUCCGGCAGCGCCCCGCAGGAGGGUGGCCAGCGUCCGCUAAGGACGUUCAUGAUCGUCUCGAAACCGUGCAUACAUCCCGAGUGUGCCGAAAGGCAGGGCUAUAUCCGAGGCCAAUACGAAUCGGUCGAGGUUAUACGCGAAAUCCCGUCCGAUAAGCCCGCCGCCCUCUCCCGCGCACGAUCUUCAAUUGACCUUAGCCAAGACGGUGCAAUGGAACGACAGGCGGUUGCCGAGUCGAUAGGCAAGGAAGCCGUGCUCCGGGCAGCCAAGAAGGCAACGGAUGGCGAAGCACGCCACCGAGGCGUCUCUGUCAACAGUGCCCCGGCCAGAGAUGACGCCAGACAUGCCGGUGAGAGCCUCGGGGAGGGGGAGGGUUCGAGAGCUGUCGAAUGGCUCAUGGUCACCCGCAGCGACCCUGGAGGCAACGUGCCUCGUUUCCUCAUCGAUCGGGGUACGCCAGGCGGCAUCAUAGGAGACGCCGCCAAGUUCCUCAACUGGCUAACCGCUAAGCCUGCCGAAGACUUCACCGCCUCGGACUCUGAACAGGAGGAGAUGAAGCAAGGUGCUAAGCAGGCUGAGGAAACCAUGGAUGCCUCACCCGCGGAGACGGCCAAACGCCCGACAUCAAACCUUGUGCCCGAGCCCUCGGCACAGGUACGGGACGAGAGCGUUCCCAGCAGCAACGGCCUCUACGGCAUCAUCUCCGGGGCGUUUGGCAUGGCCAGCUCUGUGGUGGCAAGCCGCAUCCCGGACGGCUACGCUCUUCCAGGCAUAUUCCAGGCGCCAAGCACCAGCGGCUCGAUAAUUGAAGAGGACGAGGUGGAUAUGGACAGCAAUGAAAGCGACACGUCGUCCAUUCGAAGCUUCACCUCUGCCGUUGAGAAGACGGACGAGGGCGAGGCCGUCACUCCUCCCGAGACCACGCAGCCCGACACGCUAUCGCUGCACUCGUCGGGCUCCGCUGCUCUAUCCAUCCAGGGGUCCAAGCCGCAUUCGAACCACGAGAGGGAGCUCAGGAAGCUCCAGGAGCGCCGCCAGAAGAUGCAAGACAAGAUCAACAAGAUGCAGGAACGCAUGACCAGCAAGCGGGACCAGGACACACAGAAGGAGGCGGCGAGCCUGGCUAAGCUGCGCGAGAAGCACGACAAGGAGAUGGCCAAGCAGGAGGAGAAGUACAAGCGCGACCUGCAGCGCCUGGAGCAGCGUCGCGAGCACGAGCAGCGCAAGGCCGAGGAGAAGCGCCGGAAGCAAGCGGAGAAGGAAGAGAAGAACAACCUCUCCCUGGAGCUCGAGCGCGUCAAGACGGAGCGGGACGUCGCGCUCAAGGAGAUCGACAUACUCAAGGAGCAAAUCGGCCAGCUGCAGACCCAGAACACCAUGCUGGUGGUCAAGAUGGGCAGGAUGGGCGGGCCCAAGAGGCAGGACUCGUCGCUGAGCGUGACCGGCGAGAAGCAGGUCGCCCAGAGCGUCUCCAACUAG